UUAUUAUGUCGGCAGAAGCAGCGACAUCCAAGUAUAACACGGGCAGUGUGAAGAAGUCCCAAACUGGAAUAAUGAACUUCAAAAGCACGGAAAACGUUACGCAGUUUAACGGCAUAAUGACGACAGAAGAAGAGCGGGAAUCCAGAAUGCAUUUGAUGAAACGCGAGCAUUGGGGGGACGAGCAGGAGGAGGACGGCGAAGAAGAUCCAGAGGAAGUGAAACUGGCAAAGAUAGCAAAAAUGGUUUCUGAAAGAGAUGAACAAAUUGAUUUCGAAGAACAGUCAUCCCAUUCGGAGGACGAAGAGCUUAAUAAGGGGGCGUACGAAAUAGUUAAUUAUGAGGAAACAUUUCCAGCUGAAGAGGAAAAAAUGGAAUUUGACAGAGAUGAGGAGUCGGAUGUCAGCGGUAAAGAGUCUGACGAUAGCGAUGAUUCAUCGGACGAUAGCGACGACCCAUUAGACGAUAGCGAUGACACAUCGGAUGACGGAGAUGAGGAGUCAGAUGAUGGGCAAGGAAAUAAGCAGCAUUAUAAAAAUCAGUCCAAUUCGUCGAGCGAAUCAGAUGAUGACGACACGGAAUCCAAGAGUGAUUCUUCAGAUUCUAGUACAGAUUCCGAUUCUGAUGCCAAAUCCGAUUCGCCAGCUAAUGGCACAAAAAAGAUGAAAGUCAAAAUGGGAGCGAGCAAGCCCCCAAUACCCCCAGCAGUGGCCAACAAGAGACUGGAACAAAAUAGUAUUUCCGUGGAGGCUGUGCGUCGCGCCUUAAAACGCAAGCCAAUGACAGCCACUCAGCUGAUUGCCAAAUUCAGAAAUAAAAGAGCUGGCAUGUCAGGUACUUAUGUGGUUCAGAUGCUGCACGGCAUUCUAAUGAAAAUAGACCCAAAUAAAGAAAUCAUUCAAGGGAAAAUGUAUCUCUGGAUUAAGAACGAUACGGAAGAGCCCACAAAGCACUAAGUACCAGCAGCAAAAAAUUAUACAGCUCUCAAAUUCGACAACUAAAGAGCUAUGAUCGGAAUACCACAGACUAGAUUUAAAUUUAAUAAUAACAAUAAAUACUCUCACAAGAUUCGUUUCACAAGCCAAAGCUAACAGAUUAGCAUGAAUACCCAUACAACAGCAUCAUACUUCACACUGGGCAGGAAAUAAGCAAAAAUUAUAGAAUAGAAUCAGCAAAUACGCCCGCAACUAAGGAAGGCACAAAAUAUGCAACGGCAUUAUCUAAUGAAUGGAAUCUGAAUUAGCCGAUGCUAAUAUUUCUAAAAGAAUAAAAAGACUGACUAAAUAUAUACAAGACAGAAUGGAAACUGUAAACAGUUUUCCAAUUGAUUGUAACAUAAGCUAAUGCAAUAUACUUAGUUCGAUUAUUGUAAA